CGUAGCAGCCGCGGCGACCGGUCGUACGUGUCACGCCCCGUUGGCCGCACGUGCACGUUCAUUGGCCUCUCCUCGCUUGUCAGUCAAGUUUCCGUCCACCGGCGCGGCUCGAAGCGGCUGGGCCACGUUGACUGUGUUGUAAUUUUAGUGCACCUCGGUCGAGCGGCGGCCGUAUUGUCUGGUCAGUCGGCGAACUUAAGGGCUCUUCGAUAUAUUAACACAGACACACACACACAGGUAGCAUGAGUGUGGGUUUCAUAGGAGCGGGCCAGCUGGCCCACGCCCUGGUGAGAGGCUUCACGGCUGCAGGCGUGAUCGCCACCCACAGGAUCACAGCCAGUUCCCCGGACACGGAUCUCCCAACAGUACAGGGACUACGGAAACUGGGCGUGAAUUUCACCACCAGCAACAAAGAGACAGUGAGCAAGAGUGAUGUCCUCUUCCUGGCUGUGAAGCCCCACAUCAUUCCUUUUGUGCUGGACGAGAUUGGAUCAGACAUCGAAGACCGCCACCUUAUUGUGUCCUGUGCGGCAGGUGUCACCAUCAGCUCUAUAGAGAAGAAGCUGCAGCAGUAUCGCACUACUCCGAAGGUAAUGCGUUGCAUGACUAACACUCCAGUGGUGGUGCGUGAAGGGGCCACUGUAUACGCCACAGGCACUCAUGCAGAGGUGGAGGAUGGAAAGCUUCUGGAGCAGCUGAUGGCCAGUGUGGGAUACUGCACCGAGGUGGAAGAGGACCUGAUUGACGCUGUAACCGGCCUCAGCGGCAGUGGCCCUGCUUAUGCGUUCACAGCUGUAGAUGCUCUUGCUGAUGGUGGAGUGAAAAUGGGCCUGCCCAGGAGACUGGCUGUACGCCUCGGAGCCCAGGCCCUGCUGGGGGCAGCUCGAAUGCUAUUGGACUCAGAGCAGCACCCUGGGCAGCUCAAGGACAAUGUGUGUUCACCAGGGGGCGCCACCAUCCACGCCCUACAUGUUAUGGAGAGUGGUGGUUUCCGCAGCCUCCUCAUUAAUGCUGUUGAGGCCUCCUGUGUAAGGACUAGGGAACUUCAGUUUUUGGCUGACCAAGAGAAGAUCUCCCCAGCCGCCAUAAAGAAAACAACUCUGGACAAAGUGCUACAGCAGCCAGGAGUGACUGCAGAUGCCGUUGGAAUCAGAUCCCGUGGGAUCAGUAUCUUCAACAACAGUAACCCCAGGACCAAGAAGAACUGAUCAUUUUUUUUCAGGCUGGGAAACUUUAAUGUGACCUGUCACAUCACGCAAUAUAUGCUGUCAGUAAACCACCGCUGGCAGAGGAUUGCGGAAACAUAAGCUAACCUAUUGAAUUGCUUUUCUAGAAUAAAAACAGAAAAAAAAACAAUUGAAUUUGGGAUGAUACCUGACAUUAGGAAAAACAGUUUGAGCCAUUUUAUGUAUUUGUAAUGAAAUGUAUUUCCUGUUUUAUGUUUUAUAUUGUUAAUUGGUUCCCUCCCUAUUAUAGGUUCUGUGCUAUCACAUCACUUCCCCCGCUCAGUUAGUGGACUGUGAGAUAGAAUCAUAUCUUAAAUAUCUAUGUGAGAUACAGCUCUCUAAAUCUUAUUUUAUGUGGUCCUUUCCGAUGGUAGUUGGAAAAGUUAGGUUUACUAGUUAACUAUGCAGUCAGUGGUAUGCGGUGAAGCUCUGGACCAUUUUUUUUUUUAUGGUGGCGGGACAUUGUGUUGUCACGCUGGAGUCUGUGACUCUGUGGACUCUGAACAGGAUAGCUCGAGAAUGAUACGUUGUAGAAACAUCAUAAUUAUAGGACCGGUACCCCAUUUGCAAUAAAUAAUCUGAUUAGAUUUUGGAGCAUUUUGCUGCAUAAAGGGAACACACAUUUCCCAUAAAAUGCUGUAACUCAUUAGCACUUAAAGCUAACAAGUUUAAACUGAUACCAAAUAUGUAGUAUGCAACGACAAAAUUAUGGUGGUAUGAAAAAUCUUUGCUAAUUAAUGAGCUAAUUGACAUAAUUAGGAAGAAACUUUCUGGCAAAAGGGAUAACUCAAGAACGACACAUAGUAGAAACGUCAUACUUACACCACAUGUACAACAUGGAGUGGAUAAGAUUUAUAUUGAUGUGCAUUGCUGUUUAACUUUGCAUAUUAUUGAGGUAAAACUUUUUUUUUUUUUUUAAACUUGUUAAAUCAUGGCGGGACAUAGGGCAAUCCGAGUGACUCUUGUUCUGGAGGUGGUUUUAAACACUUAAGCUUGUUUGUAUGUAUUUUCAAACAUUUUGUUCAAAUAUUCUACUACUUAAAAUUUUCUUAAACAAAAUGUGCUAACUGCUAUAUUUUAUGAA